CGGGUGUGGCCCAGGCGGGGCUCUGAAUGCUAUAAAUGCUAUAAAUGCCAGGGCCUGAGGCUGGCUCCCCUUCCGCCCUGCCCGAUCUCCUCUGCCCCUCCUUGAACUCUCGCCUGCCGCUGUCCCCAUGGCGUGUCCCCUGGAGCAGGCGCUGGCCGUGGUGGUCGCCACCUUCCACAAGUACUCGGGCAACGAGGGCGACAAGUACAAGCUCAACAAAGCCGAGCUCAAGGAGCUGCUCACCAAGGAGCUGCCCAGCUUCAGCAAGCAAACCAGCGAGGCGAGUUUACAGAAGCUGAUGAGCAGCCUGGACUGCAACAGCGACAACGAGGUGGAUUUCCAGGAGUACGUGACCUUCCUGGCCUGCAUGGCCAUGAUGUGCAACGACUUCUUCCAGGACCUGCCGGACAAGAUGCCGCGCAGGAAGUGAGGGCAGGGCCCGGCACGGCCCGGACCCUCCCGGUGUGAUCCCCAUGUCAUUUCAAUAAAUCUCCAUUUA